UACUUUUGUGUUAUCCAGAAGGAUGUCAUGGCGAAAAAACCUUGAUUCUAGCUGAUUAUAAUAAAGAAAACGUAUGGAUAUUUCGUAAUGGACACCAAAGAAGACACUGGAGAACCUUUUGGACGUCACAAACUUCCACAAACAGUGAAAUUUAAGGACGAAAAUGGAUCAACCGUGACGCAGUCUGGCAGUGGCAAAGCAAGGAUGCCUUCGAUAGAUGACUUCAUAGUCCUGAAGCCGAUCAGCAAAGGUGCUUUUGGCAAAGUGUACCUUGGUCAGCGGAAGGACAAAGAUGAACUCUACGCAAUCAAAGUCAUGAAGAAGUCUGAAAUGUUGAAUAAGAACAUGGCCCAGCAAGUAACGGCUGAGAGAGACGCCCUAGCCCUCUCAAAGAGCCCAUUUAUUGUCAAGUUGUUCUACUCCAUUCAGACACCUGCAAAUAUUUAUCUGGUGAUGGAGUACCUGAUAGGAGGGGAUCUUAAGUCACUGCUUCAUGUCUGCGGUUAUUUUGACGAAGACACUGCAGUUAUGUACACAGCGGAGAUCAUACUUGCCUUGGAGUAUCUACACAGCCACGGAAUCAUACACAGGGACUUGAAGCCAGACAAUCUUCUGGUAGCUGAUGAUGGUCACGUCAAGUUGACGGAUUUUGGGCUCUCUCAGAUCACUCUCAAUAGAAGAAUAAAUGUAACCGACAUCAUGAGCACGCCGUCCUUACCGAGCACCAAGUCAGGUUCCAGAGAUUACUUUCGGACUCCAGGACAACUUCUAUCUCUCACAACAACUUUUGCUUUCAAUCAAGGCUCUGUUGCAAACGCCAGACCGGCUCACCAGUCCCCUUUCACAACUCCGCUUACCGCGUUAGGUAACAAACCCCACCACAGACCCUCGUCGUCAGAACGCCGAGGUAGCCGAGAUAGAUCAUGCAGUUAUCUUAGUACCAUAGACUGUUCAAAAUCCCACGUGCCAAAAGUGGACAUCAGUAGCAAACACGUUACGAUAGUUGAAGAAGGUGGUCAUGAAAACAUUUGCGUUACCUCACCGAUUGAUAGCUGCUCAAGGGACGAAGUGUUCGAUGAGAAGGAAAAUAGUAUUGGUAUCGUUGAGACGCCUCUGAAUACUGGCGGGCGGAGGCGUUUAGCGAAGAAAGAUUGCAGUCUUAUCGGAAGCAACUCGAACAAUGUUGCCAUGAGGUUGAUGGAGAGUGUCUCCCCGGCGCCCCCCAUCAUGAAGCUUGAGUUUGACUCUUCCAGCAAGAUCACAUCUCCCGAUCACGGCUACGACAGCAAGGGUUCGUCGAGGAGCUUCUGUGCGCCGUCAAGUGACGGUGUGGCGAGUGACGUCAGAGCAGACUCGUCUCUACAUAGUCCUGGGAAUGUCAAGUUGUCGACUCCAUUAACAUCUCCUGGUUUUGGAGUGCAGCAAUCAACACCAGAAGGCGCCUUCAGUAACCCCCAAAACCUAACCUCUAAGAUUCCCCACGAAGGGGUAAACUUCUCCACUUCACGGACGUCCUACAGCACCGACAGCGAUGAGUUCACAACCUCAGGGAGCUUCAAAAGUCCUGGUGUCGCACGUGGUAGGAUUCUAACCUACGACUCAAGCGAAAUGUUGCCGCCUGUUGGAGCUGGCGGGAGAAAACGCAAUCGCUCCGAACUGUCUGUCAUCAGCCCGAUUGAGGACAAAACCAAAGGAGGGUUUUUUAGCGGGGGAGGUCACACAGGUCUGACGAUGGAGAUCAGCGCCAUUGGGUUAGUGAACAGCUCCAAGACAGGUGUCCCGACACCUGCUUCCAACCUGUCUUCCUCGUCAAUCAUUGAGAGUCUGGAAGACUCAGACCUCUCCAGGAGCUUAGACAUCGGUGACGCCGAAGGAGCAAGGAAAGCCAAGAGGAAGAAGAGAAACGUCAGCUUUGGUCAUGAGGUGGACACCGAAGACCUCACUCCCUCCGAACUUGUCCGACCUCGUAUGAGCUUGGAGAGAAUAGCAGAAUCGACAACCUAUUUGGACGAGAAACCUCUGGACCAAUCGGAUUGCAGUAUGGACAUUCAUGAUGAGAAUGAGAGUGAGGGUAACCAAUCGGCAGGCGGCAUAGAAUCAGGUGGUCAUGAUGUCACAAUGGACGGGGCCAAUAGGAAAGCAACGUUUGGGCCACCCAGGACUCCAUUCAGGUCCAACAGUGCCACUCCGGCAAAAUCUACCGUGAGACCAGCUUUCUGUACACCGUUUAGGACCCCAGCUUGCACCCCGUACAGAACCCCCAAGAGCGUUCGUAGAGGCCCAGCACCCCAGGCUGAAGCUCAACCACAGAGGAUACUUGGGACUCCAGAUUACCUCGCACCGGAGCUUCUCCUACAAAAUCCGCACGGUGUGGGCGUAGAUUGGUGGGCCCUGGGUGUCUGCUUCUUUGAGUUUCUCACCGGGAUACCUCCCUUCAACGACCAAACACCUGAUCUGGUGUUUCAGAACAUCUUAAGCAGAGACAUUCCUUUACCAGAAGGGGACGAAGCUCUUUCCAACAACUCUUUAGAUGUGAUUGAUCGAUUACUGGUGAUGGAACCGGAACAUCGAGCUAAGGCAAAAGACCUGAAGUCCCAUCCACUAUUCCACGCAAUCGACUGGAAGCGAAUCAGGGAGACAGAAGCCCCUUUCAUCCCAGCCCCAGAUGACAGAACGGACACCACUUAUUUUGACGCUCGGAACAACAUGCAGCAUCUCCAGAUGUCUUCUUUUGCACUUUGACCUCUUGAAUGAUAGUGCAGUCCACAACUCAACAAAUGAAUUAAUGCAACUAUUCCAGGAUGGUGUUCAACUUGGUCCAGUGGUUAGACUGCAGGACUUGCAAUGACAAGGUGUUGGGUUCGAAUCCUACCUAGCUAACCACAGAUUUUAUAAUGACUAAAAUCAAUAUUGUCCAUUAGUUACUGAAUCAUGAUUUGCCCAUUGGUUAGACUGCAGACUUACACUCAAAGGUUGUGGGUUCAAAUCCUUCAAGCUAACUGUGUUUCAGUGGUUAGACUGCAG